UUAUUAUAUAUAUAGUUGUCUUUCAGCUUUGGAGCAGAGAGCAUAGUUUAAAAUAUUUAGCAAAAACCGAAAUAUAAAAAUUUCUUUUUGAAAAUCAUGGCCGAAAGUUCCGGAGAAAUGUCUUUUUCAUCAAAUGAAAAUAAAGAAUACACGGGACGUCCUACAAAUUUAAAAAAAAUGAGUAAAUUAUUUGUGAAUAUGAAAUUAAAUGAUGCAACAGAAUUGGAGAAAAGUGAGCUCUCUCAAUUAAAAGAAAUUCCUAAAAUUCCAAUAGCUGAAGCAAAGGAUAAACAAUUUUGUAUUGCUGGAAAAAUAAUUUCUUAUCUCGAGAAAAUCUCAGUAAUUUUAGUGAAACCAUUACAAAAUGAAAAUGAACUUUUAAAUAUUGGAAGUAAUUUAUUUAUACUCACUGAAGAAAAUUGGAUUGCUUUGGGUCAAAUUGAUGAGAUUUUUGGCAAUAUCAAAGAUCCAUUGUAUGCCGUGAGUUUAUUUUCAACAGAUAAUCAUUUGUUUAAAGUCGAUAAUGAUGUUUACUUUUUGGUGAACGAUGCCAAUACAUCAUUAUUUCACAUUGAAUGCAAUAAUUACAGUAAAUAUAAUGUCGUCUAUCAUAAUUAAUUAUAAUAUAUUAAUUCAAUUUAAUUUAAUGUUUUCAAAAAAAAAAAAAAAAUUGUUUAAUUUUUAAUUGUAUUAUUGUAAAUUUUUCUUUAAUUUUUAAAUUUUCUUUAUUAUAUUUUUUUUUAAAUUUUGUUUUAAUUAAUUUUUAAAUUUUAUUUUUAAUUUAAUAAUUGUUAUCAAAAAUUUAUUUUUAAUUUAUUAAUUGUUAUCAAAAAUUUAUUUUUAUAUUUAUAUACACACAUUGUUCUUGUUAUUUUCUUUUUUAUUUAUAAAUAAAGUUGAUUUUUUAAAAACGAA